AAGGUAGAAGAGGCCCCAGCGACAAAGUUCCGAUACCCGACUCGAGUCAGGGAACCUCGAUCGCGAAAGUAACUGAGGCUAAACCAUAUUUCGCGCACUCUAACGCAUAGAAUGGUGUCCGAUGCCUCAAGAAAGACGUUUCUUUGGCCGAUUCCAUCGCACAGGCUGGCGCUGGUCCAACAUAACUAUCAGAUACGUAGAUUGCUUCAAUCUCAGCACUUAUGUACCUGACAGGAGGCCCGUAGGCGUGUAAGCUGCGAGCGCGUGCACCUGUCCUUAUUAGUGCCGUGCUGGCUGCCCCACAACGUGAGACCUAUGAGGCUGAGACUCUGUUAUUAUUAUAUUUGCAAAACGUGUAAGGCUGAACGGUUUCGCCGCAAGGGCGAACUUGAACUUACUUCGCGACGCCCAACCGUCCGACGUCCGAUGCACAGCCCCGACCCCCCAGCACCGGCACCCAGAUCACACAUUUUACUUAUAGUGGAGUCUGUAUCUCACGGGCGUUGGCCCGGCUAUUAUUUAAAUAAUUACGUAUGUAUUUAGAAGCUGCGUGGGCGAAAAUGAGCGAGUUUGCGUCCCUUGGAUCCCAUUUCCCCAGACUCCAAUUCCCCGAUGAGGUGCUGGGCCCCGACCCCGACCCCGACCCGGACCCCGACCCCGACCCCGACUCCUCUCGUGCUCGGCAUUUUAACACUGUACAUUGCGUCCCCUGUCACUUGACUCCCUUAGGGGCACGCUCCAUGGAUCGCAUGGCGGUCCGCUAGUGCAGGCCUGCGGUGGCACCAAGUUGACAACCACUUCACCCCAGCGAGCUCCAGCUUGCGCCAACCAUACAACGGCAGUUGCUAUAUGUAUACAAUUGAUAGCCAGGCCAAACGGCUGCGUGGCUGGACUGCUGCACUCACUCACGUGGCCCCUGGUAGCAGGGUGGCUAAAGGGGGGUUUAAGGGGUUUUGCAGGGUUUGAAAAGUUUGACAUGUCAGAAAUCAUUUGCACAGUAUAAGUCAGCUAAUAGUAACUAGAAUGAUUGUUUGAACCCCUUGUGGGUGACCGUGAUGAGAUUUGGGCACAUAGCAAUGACUUUGCAUGUCCCACUGCUUCCUCACCGUCUCCCUGGAUACGGCAUGUGACUUUCAUGGCCCUGGAUACUUGCACCACUGAGGCUUCUCAUUCGCCCAAGUUAUAAUGAAUACUGCAUUGUGCUAUGGUGCAGGCUGACAGAUUGCACAUGCACGCUGUGCAUGCACAUGCUGCUCAUUCCCCUUGUCCCCACACUGGGGGCUGAGCUGCCCAACCCAGAAUCCAACAUGCCUGCCUCGCUCAACCCUGUGCAGAACCGUUUCACAUGCAUAUAUGCACAUGUUGCCUGACCUGUUAGCAACACAAGCUAAGCGCCAUGGUGCUAGCCCCUGCAGUGCCCAAUGCAACUCUGCACAUCAGGGCAAGUGUGCCCGGCUUGCCUCUUCUCUCAUGGGUGAGGGUCAGGUAUCAUGCAGGCUGUCAAGUAAUGUGCAGCCAUGCUGACGGCAUUCAGUCUGCACCAUAUGUGAGUGAUGGGCUUUGGGAGUGCAAGCGGAAUCAGCCAUAACAGGUUGGUGUGUCAAGACCGGCGUGCCUCCUAUCUGCCUAGUUAGCGUGCCCCGGCCCCCGCAGGGGGCGCGGCGCACCUAUACGUUUCAGAAAGGGGGGGCCCCUGUCAAGUUGGUAAACACACGUUCCCGGCCCCCGCCGACUGCGCGCAGCCAUUAUUUAAGCCAUCCAUUACCCGAAGCUAUUGUACACAAGGUAGAAGAAGCCCCAGCGACAAAGUUCCGAUACCCGACUCGAGUCAGGGAACCUCGAUCGCGAAAGUAACUGAGGCUAAACCAUAUUUCGCGCACUCUAACGCAUAGAAUGGUGUCCGAUGCCUCAAGAAAGACGUUUCUUUGGCCGAUUCCAUCGCACAGGCUGGCGCUGGUCCAACAUAACUAUCAGAUACCUCCCCGGUAGCUCAAUUGGUAGAGCAUGCCGCUGUCACAUGGCAGACCCAGGUUCGAAUCGCGGAUUCGGCCGGGUUGAGGCUGACAAGUAUAGAUGCAGGUUCGGAUCCUGCCCGGGGAACCGAGUCAGUAUUCCGGUAUGGAGUCCGCGGUACUGACGGAAGCGUUGUAGAGACUCUCUGGGUUCGGAUCCCAUUGUUGCAACGUGGAAACUUCACGAUGGCCGAAUUCGGAGAGUUGGUAGGCCGAUAGGUCCAGAACUUCGGUUCCUAUGGACUGAGUGAAGGUGGAUGCGUGGGGUGCCUCUUGCCAAGGUCCCACAGAGAUACGGUAGGGUUAGCCUCGAUGGGACUCUUCCUUAAGGCACGCGGGACCUUGGUCCGUGCGUAGGUAU